CUUCAAAUGAAGAGGAUUAGGGAGAAUUUGAAUUUUCGCUCUGUGGCAACUCUUUGCGUUCUAACAACAGGAACCGUCCUUGCGUUCAAGCCCUCCAAUUCUACCAAAUCCGUCUCAUCAUCUUCCGAUUCUCAUUCCAUUUCUCUCGAUUUCGUCGAGAAAAUUAGGACUGCUGUCUCCGGCUUCCGGCGCUCUUCCCGCGCGAUCUCCACAAUUUCUCUCAUUGUUCUUGACUACAAGUACUCUUUGCAUGGGUUGGUUCCGAGCUCUGAGGAGUACCGUCUCAAAUCAUCUGAGGUUCAUUUACGCUCUGCAAAGAGACUUUUAAAGCUAUGUCAAGUUAACAAAGGGUUUUAUGUUAAAGCUGGUCAGUUUGCAGCUUCAUUGCGGCAGGCACCAAAUGAAUACUCAUCCACACUCUCUUCACUGCAAGAUCAGGCUGUUCCUUGUCCAUUCAAAGAUAUAAAAGAAGUGCUAAUCAGCAACCUUGGUUCAGAUAUAUCAGCGAUGUUUCUUUCACUCGAAGAACAACCUUUAGCUGCAGCGUCAAUUGCUCAGGUGCACCGUGCUAUACUGAAAAAUAAUCAAGAAGUAGCUAUCAAGGUGCAGUACCCUGGAUUGAUGCAACACGUGAAAAUAGACACAACAGUCAUGAAUUUCCUAUCGAAAACCAUCUCAUGGCUAUUCCCUGACUACAGGUUCGAGUGGCUGGCAUCAGAAUUUGAAAGGACAAUUUUUUUGGAGUUGGAUUUCACUCAGGAGGCUAGAAAUGCUGAGAGGACUGCUGAAAACUUCAAGAACAACAAUUUGGUCAAGAUUCCUCGUGUAUAUUGGGAAUUUACUUCAAGGCAAGUUCUGACAAUGGAGUUCUGUAAAGGGCACAAGGUUGAUGAUAUUGAAUUCAUGAAGCAAUCAGGUAUAAAGCCGACAAAGGUUGCCAAAGCACUUGUUGAAAUAUUUGCUGAAAUGAUUUUUGUCCAUGGUUUCGUGCAUUGUGAUCCACACCCUGGUAAUAUAUUGGUUUCUCAGGACAGUUUGAAUGGCUUGACUCUCAUUCUUCUAGAUCAUGGAAUCUACAAACAGUUGGAUGAAGAAUUYAGACUGGACUAUUGUCAGCUCUGGAAGGCUAUGAUUAUGCUAGAUACCAAUAAAAUACUUCAACUAGGAGAACGAUUUGGUGUUCCGAAGUACUGCAGAUAUUUCCCUCUUAUUUUCACUGGGAGAUCUUUUGAUAGUACAUCUGCUCUUGGGAUGGGAAUGUCCUAUGAAGAGAAAAAAAAUCUUAAGCAGGAAUUGAAGUUGUUAAAGAUGGAGGACAUAUCUUCAUUCAUGGAAUCUUUGCCUCCAGAUUUUCUCACUGUACUGCGCACAGAUGGUUCAUUGAGGUCCAUCACGAGAAAGUUGGGUGUUUCACAACGAGUUAGAAUAUUAACCUAUGCCAAAUAUGCAUUACAUGGUUCUUCUCCCAAAUUGAACCUUGAAACAGAUACUAUUGUGAAGGUUGCUUAUUUCAGAUUGAAGACAAACUUAASUUACCUUCACUUGAGGCUCAUUCUUGCUGGAAUUGAGGCGCUUUCAAGUUUCCAAAAGUUCAUGCAUUUUACGUAUUCAUUGUGUAGAAGGUUCUUUUAUGCCAUGAAAAGUAUGCCGAUGCUUUCAUUCCCGUAUCAUAUGAGACCCUCUUCCUUGACUUAGACCUUAUAAUUGGAAACUAUCAGUUAUUAAAGGAUGGUUUCUCAAGUUGUAUUUCUUUGUUUAUGUCUUGACAAAAAUACAAAGGGGCUCAGAUAGGAUAGGAUAGGACUGAAUGUAGCCUUCUCUCAUACUUCAAGGCACUUGAUUGUCAAAUUUUUUGGGACUAUUGAGUAGGCAUUUUGAAGAUUCAAAAUUCGUGUUAAUGUAAAGGUUUCGAAACUUUUUGGUUCUGUACAGAAGCAAGUUAAGUUAAAGCUUGCAUCUUUGAUGAACCUCGAGGCCUUACUUCUUUUAAUAUAUUUCGAAAGUUACCUUUGAACU